AUGAGGAAAUUACGAGAUUAUCCUCUAUACCGGGAUGUAGACAUACAACUUGAUAUAUUGCGUAACCAUGGCGUCCGACUACCGUACAAACAAGCAUGGAUGGGUGAAGAGGUGGCAAAUGGAAUUCUCCAUGGAAGCGACGUUGCAAGUUAUGAUCUGUCGAUAUGGUAUACAGGUUUUAAGUGUGGUUGUAGACCCAUGCUAUUCCUCGAUGGUACACAUUUGCUAGGUAAAUAUGGUGGCAUCCUACUAGGUGCAACUGCAAAGGAUGGUAAUGAAGGUCUAUUUCAUCUAGUUUUUGCUAUUGUUGAUAAUGAAACUGAUGAUAACUGGACGUGGUUCAUUUCCACUCUGGGUGAUGCAAUAUAUAGUGAAGAUGACUACCACAAAAUCAUUACAUUCAUUUCAAACCGUUCUAAGGGGCUUGUUAAUGCUAUUGCCAAAGUCUUCCCCUCUGCCCCACAUGGAGGACAACGUUGGGGUGAGAUGUAUUCGAAUGUGGCAGAGUCUUUCAAUGCAUGGAUUAAAGAGGCACGACAUCUACCUGCAUGUAACAUGGUCGACGUGAUAAGGUUCAAGAUGAUGAACCUAAUGUACAAGCGGCAUGAGAAUUGCAUGAAAUGGGAAACCCAUCUUUGCCCAGAGAUUCACAAGAAGAUUGAAAAAACUAUUGAAGAAAGCAGAUGCUUAGUCAUAGGCCGAUCUGAUGGUGAUAUUUUUGAAGUCGUGGACAAGCAGGUCAACUAUGUCGAUUUACAUAAUUGA